GAGCUGUGUGGAUAGGAGAUGAGGUUGCUGUCAAGGCAGCUCGCUAUGACCCUGAUGAGGACAUCAACCAGACCAUUGAGAAUGUCCGCCAAGAGGCCAAGCUCUUUGCGAUGUUAAAACAUCCCAACAUCAUUGCCCUCAGGGGCGUGUGUUUAAAGGAACCUAAUCUUUGCUUGAUCAUGGAGUUUGCCCGUGGAGGAUCGCUAAAUAGAGUGUUGUCUGGGAAAAGGAUACCUCCUGACAUACUAGUGAACUGGGCAGUACAGAUUGCCAGGGGAAUGAACUACCUGCACGAGGAAGCGAUUGUUCCCAUAAUUCACCGUGACCUGAAGUCCAGCAACAUACUGAUACUCGAAAAGGUGGAAAAUGGAGAUCUGAGCAACAAGAUGUUGAAGAUCACGGAUUUCGGCUUGGCCAGGGAAUGGCAUAAAACUACCAAAAUGAGCGCAGCUGGAACAUAUGCCUGGAUGGCUCCUGAGGUCAUCCGCUCCUCCAUGUUCUCCAAAGGCAGCGAUGUUUGGAGUUACGGUGUGCUGCUUUGGGAACUGCUAACAGGAGAAGUUCCAUUCCGAGGAAUUGAUGGUCUUGCGGUAGCAUACGGUGUUGCCAUGAAUAAACUUGCCCUUCCAAUCCCUUCCACAUGUCCAGAGCCUUUUGCCAAACUCAUGGAAGAUUGUUGGAACCCUGACCCACACUCACGACCUUCCUUUGCCAGUAUCCUAGACCAUCUUACUGCCAUAGAAGAGUCUGGUUUCUUUGAAAUGCCCAAAGAUUCCUUCCACUCCCUGCAGGAAGACUGGAAACAAGAGAUCCAAGAGAUGUUUGAUCAGCUCAGAGCCAAAGAAAAGGAGCUGCGCACAUGGGAGGAAGAGCUGACUCGUGCUGCUGUUGAACAGAAGAAUCAUGAAGAGCUGCUGCGAAGGCGGGAGCAGGAGCUGGCAGAACGCGAGAUUGACAUCCUGGAAAGGGAGCUCAACAUCAUCAUCCACCAGCUGUGUCAGGAGAAGCCCCGGGUGAAGAAACGCAUGGGAAAGUUCAAGAGGAACCGGCUCAAGUUAAAAGAUGGCAAUCAUAUCAGCCUACCUUCAGAUUUUCAGCAUAAAUUCACUGUGCAGGCUUCUCCAACGAUGGAUAAAAGGAAAAGCUUGAUCAGUAGCUGCUCCAGCCCUCCUGCAAGUCCUACCAUUAUUCCCAGACUCAGGGCCAUACAGUUGACUCCUGCUGAAAGCAGUAAAACGUGGGGGCGAAGCUCAGUCCUUCCAAAGGAGGAAGGAGAGGAAGAAGAGAAGAGAGGCCAGAAGAAAAAGGGACGCACCUGGGGACCAAGCUCACUUUGUCACAAGGAGCUAGGUGCAGGAGAAGAUGGUCUGAAAGCUCUGGUAGAAGGAUACAAACAGUGGUCAUCCAGUGCACCGAACCUUGGGAAGAUCCAGAGAACUGCACCAGCUUUUCCAGGAUUCACCAGCUUAGCAGAGAUGGAUGAUGAAGACAGCGAAUGUCUUAAUGGAGAGGACAAAGUGCACCCUUCACCUGUGCACAAUCAGUCAUACCUCUGCAUCCCAUUUCAGAAGAAUGAAGACUGGGAUGGCCCUUCUAGUGAUGCCAAUGAGGAGUCCACCCCUGUAAACUCUGCUACUAGUACCCCACAGCUGACACCCACCAACAGCCUCAAACGUAGUGGCUCCCACCACAAACGAUGUGAGGUUGCACUGCUGGGCUGUGGAGCAGUGCUGGCUGCUGCUGGCCUGGGUUUUGAUCUGUUAGAAGCAGGGAAGUGUCAGCUGCUGAUUGAGGAGGAGCCGGAGGUGCCCAAGGAAGAGAAGAAGAAGCGUGACAGCAUUUUUCAGCGAGCUGGACGCCCACGCAGGAGCACUAGUCCACCUUCCCGGAAGAUCUUCAAGAAGGAGGAUCCCAUGUUGUUGCUAGGCGAGCCAUCCACAUCCCUUACCCUUCUUUCCCUGUCCUCCAUUUCCGAAUGUAAUUCCACCCGGUCCCUGCUGCGCUCAGACAGUGAUGAGAUUGUGGUAUAUGAAAUGCCUGUCAGCCCAGUGACAGUCAAGGCUCCUUUGCCAGCCAUUACCAACCCACUAGUCAAUGUCCAGAUCGAGAGGUUCAAACAAGACCCCAACCAGUCCCUGACUCCCACACAUGUGACGGUCUCUUCCCACACCCAGCAAAGCGGGCACAGGCGCACACCUUCUGAUGGGGCCAUCAAAGGGAGUGGACUAAUUGUCAACGGGUGCCCAACCAGUGGAUGCCCUUCCAGUAGCUGUUUAACUGGAGCACUGGGAGCAGGUGUAUUAAAAACACCUAGUCCAAGUAGAGAUCCCACUGAGGUCCCUCGCCUGCCAGACCCCAACCUUGUUUUUCCUCCAACCCCGAGACGAUGGAAUGCACAGCAGGAUCCCACACUGGAAAGACCCAAGACAUUGGAGUUCCUGCCCCGGCCACGUCCUGCAGCCAGUCGGCAGCGGCUUGAUCCCUGGUGGUUUGUGUCACCCAGCAAUGCCAAGGGUGAAUCUUCUGCCAACAGUUCAAGUACUGAUACUCCAAGCAAUCUGGACUCUUGUUUUGCUAGUAGCAGUAGCACUGUAGAAGAGAGACCUGGGCUGCCUGCACUGCUUCCUUUCCAGGUGGGUCCUCCUGUAGAGGAGCGGACACUGUUGGACAUGGAUGCUGAGGGGCAGAGCCAGGACAGCACCAUUCCCCUAUGCAGAAGUGAACUUAACACACACAAAGCUGCAGCAUAUGAACUCAAGCAAGAAUUCUGGUCUUAAUAUGAAACCAUUGGGGACAGUGAGCCCCUCUAAAUUCAGUCCUACUUUUUGCACUGAGAAUGCACUUUGAAGACAGAUGAGAUGGAGGGAUGCUACAGAGAUCAUAUGGUGCUGCCUCUGCUGAAGAUGCAUUGUUGACUGCCUAAUUUUUGUCUGCAGUUGGGUGAAACUUGGCAACUCUGAGCUGCUGAUUUUUGCUGUGGGGUUUUUCUGUAGUCUUCCCUGCCCUCUUAUUGCAGUUUGAAUCUGCAAUGAGCUGAAAUUAUCAUAUCAAAGCCUUUUGUUACUGACCUUGUAGGAUUUGGCACUUGCAGAAUGGGAGUAGUUGCCUUCCUCUUCAUAGCAUGCUGUUAUCUUAAGACUUUGUGGACAAUACUGCGUAGAGAUGUUGCUUCGAUAUGUCACGAAACUGGAUACCUCUCAUUCUGUCGAAGCCUUACUUUCGCAGUUUCAUGAGGCAAUAUGGAAAUGAACUCAUGGCUUCUUCUGCUGCUCCCUCUAUUGAACACACUAGUAGAAAGUCACAUGCUGCAGUUAAGAUGUGCAUUUGCUUUUGGUUUUUCCCAUGCUGAGUUUUUUUAAGCAGCUUUGCUGCUGGUCAGAAAUGAACACAACUUCUGAAAUUACCUAUAUCAACUUUAUUUUUGUAUGUCCAAAGUAGUCACUCCCAGGCUAACGAGGUAUGUGUACUUGAUUAAAAAGUAGUUUGCCACUGGUAACUGGAUGAUGGAUCUGAUGUAGCUACCACAAUUAUUAUUAUUCCUCUCUAACAAGGAUCUCUUUUUUGCAACUAGAAAGUCUUCAGCACUUCAUCAGUGUGUGUACACAAGAAAUACAUUUUGUCUCCAUCUGUAUGUGAGUGAAAAACCUCUUACUUUUCCUGACCAGGAACACAAUUUUCCCACUAAGAAUGGCUUCUUGGACUCUGUGUUUUUGUUUAUUUUCUGUUUUCUUGGGGAUGUUGAUUAUUUUUGGUUUGUAUUUUAAGCCUAUGAAAUAUAUACAUGUCUUAGGUGCGCCCUGUAUUCGUAGGUGCCUUCCAUCUCACAUGUUCCUUGCUAGGAGCUGAGGUUUUUUGGAGGGAACUCCUGGUUGUAGCUUUCAGUACUGUGUUGUUCAUCAUACACCAGGCCAAAUACCAGCAGUGUUCAUAUCCUCCCAAUUAGAGAUGUGCCCAUACACGUGUGUCAAGGCAUGCGCUAUCACUGGCUCUCAGUAUCUCUCUGUUAGAAUUUUGCCCCCACCCAAUCUUUAUUGGUUAUUUAUUCUUGUUACCAAAGUAACAAGCCUGAGACAGAAGACAAUACAUGUUUUAGGUGUGCUUUGACCUAAAAGGUUUCUGAGCUAGAAGCAUAAGAUACAACUGGGUGAAGUGAAAGUGGAGGUUGGCAGGAAAUAGCAAAUAAGAGUGAAAUUAUCCUUCUUAAUGUAAGUCAGAGAACAGAAAGAUACUAACUGCUUGGUAAUCUGUUGGCAUCAUAGGUCCCAAAGAAGAAUUUGAGGAAUAUGUAGUUACUUAAUUUCAUAGAAUGGUUUGGGUUGGAAGGGACCUUAGAGAUCAUCUAGUUCCAGUCCCUCUGCUAUGGUCAGGAACACCUUCAACUAGACUAGUUGCUCAAAGCCCCAUCCAACUCAUCCAGUUUCUGGUUGGUUUGUUGUAUUUUACCCCGAACUACCUCAUUUGUAGAGAUAGAAUGGGAAGAAAGUUCAAGUUUUGGUAAGAAUUGCUCUAAGUAAGCAAUUGAGGCUGGAAUGAGAUAGGAGGGCAGAGGCAAACACUGUGUUUGGCUUUUUGACAUGCAAAUUCCUGAUGGAAAAAUAAAACCAACCAUUUGGUUUAUUAAGUUAAGAUUAUACUUUCUUUAAAUAUUCGUGUCUCCAAAAUAGACAAUAAAGGACAAGGCAGGGCAUUUUUCUUGAUAAUUUCUGAUCUGUGGAAGAGUUGAUUGUCCACAGACCAAAAGGUGGUGAUUUCAUAUUGGUCACUACUGUUUUUAAAAGCAAUGGUCUGUUUUUUCAAAACAGAUUUUUUUUUUAUGAUCUCAUGUGCUCUUAAAGUGGACCUACAUAUGAUCCCGAUUGUUUUCCUGUAUUUGCAGUACUGUUUUCCUGAUGUAUCAGCUCCUAAUACAGUCCUAACUGUAUCUGAAUGCUAAUAAUGCGCAGACAGACCAAUAUAGCUAAUAUUAAGAAACUAUGACACAUUUUUAGUGUGCAGUAUAGUGGAUUUAUAAGCUCAGCUUGAAGUGGACUACUGUUAGGUCUGUAGCUGGUGGGUCAGAUGGAUGCACAGCUAGCAAAAGAGGGCUUAGAACAAAUCUGCAGAGGAAAUGCCAAAGUUUUAUUUGCUUAAAAUAAGCAAUUUGAAAAGUAAUCAUGGUGGGGGAAAAGGCCCUUCAUUAUUCAGAAAUACUUUUCUAGGCUCUUGUCCAUGCUCAAAUUUUAGCUGCCAGGAUAGCUAUUGAGAAACUACAUUGUGUUCAAAAGUUUUUGGCUGGAACAUAAGACCAGAAUAAUGCAUUUUAAAUAUGCUAUUUCAGAGUGAUUGAUACUGUCUCCCUGUUCUACCUUCAAUUCAGCAUUUUCUCAAGAACAGAUGUUGAGGUUGGAUAAAACUAACCUCCUUGUCUUGGAGAGACAUAUGUGUCUGAAAAAAAAGAAACAUUGUUCUAGGCGUGUGCUGAUGCUUUUAUGUCUCAAGGUCUUGGCAGGAGAGGUUAUAAUGGAGCAGGAAGACAUGCUGGUGUUUUUCCAAGCUUCGUUGAUAAGAAUGCUGCUAACAGCAGUUAUGUUUCAGAACAAACGUAGCCUCCGAUUGGUGUUUGGCAUAGGUCAGUUGCACACUGAGCUUCUUGAGUCUAUUCCUUGGGUUCUUCUGGAAUUUGUGACUGUGGCCACUUCUCAACUUGAGUAGUGUCUUUACUCCCAGGCCUGGUCAGUGUCACAAAAUGAGUUGUCACUGUCGACUGCCCAGAUAUUCACAUUAGGCUUGUUCUUCUGUCUUGCAUGCUUUAGUGAGCAGCUCUUAAAAUGUCAACAGGGUUAGCAUUUCUAUCUGAACAGAGCAGCUAAUAUCUCUUUUCACACUACAUCUCAAGCAGUUGUUACUCCAUCAGUUGCUCUGUUUUCAAGGUUAUCUUGACAACCAUAACAUCUAGAUACCCUAGUCUGUAAAGAAUAAAGCCACAG